GUCCGUGCCCUAAGGUUCACGAUUUGAAGCUCAAAGAGAGGAUGGAACUAUAAUAUGUGUUACUGGAGUGGUAUGCUAAGUAUGAAAUUUGGACUGGAUGUUGCUUGUUGUUCCCUUGAGGUAACUGAUCUAUAGCUCUUUGAUCAGAUCCCCGAGUGGAACAGUUUGAAGGGAUGAAUGUUUUAUUUUCUUUUGUUGUUUGUUUUUGUAUGAUUCUUAGAUUCUUUAGUUCACAAGUUUGCAUUAGCUACUUACAAUAUCUUGACUGCUCUUUGUUAUCCAUAAAAUAUUUCGUUGAUUGAAGGAUCAUUUCUUGGAUUGCCAAGUUAAAAUUUGUUCUCUUGCCAAUGGACAUUAUACACUCAUGGUAAAUACUAUUUAGCUCCUAAUUUCACUAGAUCCAACAUACUUGGGUAGAAAUGUAAAAGCUCUAAGUACACAAAUAUGAACCUUGUUUAGUUGUCCCGAAUUAUGUGGUUCCAUUCAGCAUGUCUUACUUUGCAAGCUUUCAAAUUGGUUGAUUGUGUAGGUUUGUUAGUCGAUCUUCAACAACACCACCACAUUGAGAGGGUGUUUGGUUGGUGAAACUGGAAUGGGAAUUUGGGAAGUGGUACUUCCAGACACUUCCAUGUGUUUGAUGCACAAAAGUGUUCAGAAAAGAGUUUGUGUGACUAAUUUUGGGUUAAUUUUGGACUUAUAAAAAUUCAAUAUAUUUUUUUACAAAUAUGUAUGUUUAAUAUGUGAUAGAAAUAAAUCAGUUUAUUUAUUUUGCUGAACCACCCUCUUCAACAUUCAGUGCUAUUUACCCAAACUUCAUAAAGGGUCACCUUUUGACUGAAGUUUGACGGCCAUGGAAGUGACACUCAAGCAUUUCCAGUCUUCUGUCCUACUUCCACCCGCAAAAUACAACCCAACAUUGUAUACUUUAUGUGAAAAUCAUACCGCAUAAAGUCUACUUGACUUGGGAUGGAAAUUGUGUUGUUUAUGUAAUGCAUACAUGAAAUAACAAAUUUAUGCAUAUGUUUAUGCCACCAAAGACAUUGUUAGAAUGGAUUUUUCUUAUGGUCACAAAUACAUUAUUAAAUUAACAAAUGCUCCCUAAGAUUGGAAGCCUCUUAAUUAUCUUGCCAUUGAGUUCUAAAUAUUGUUCCCUGUAAGAUUCUGAAUUUAUACUCAUUUUUUCUGCCUAAAAAGAGGCAACCUUUGUUGCUGGCGUUAACUAAUUGAUUAUAAAAAUAACCAUUGUUAAGCUAACAAAAAAAUAUUGUCAAGCUAACGCUGAAGGAAUAUUCUAGAACUUAUCAAUUAUAUUUUAUCCUGUAAGGAGAAAACACAUUUGAAAAGUUUUUACUUUGAAAUAUUGGAAGACAUACUAAGUUUAUGUUGUCACACUUUAAUGGGUCAUUUAUUGACCCAUACCAGUUUUGAGAAGUCCCCAAGACAUGAUGCUUAUGUCCCCAAGUUUGAAGCUGAGCUGGCUCAAUUUUGUGAGAAACUGGUGACAAAUUUGAACAGAAAAGUUAAGCGCGGUCAAGAGCGGGUAGCACAAGAUGAUGUGCAGCCUACUGUCCCAAUCACUUCUGAGAAAUCUGGGCAGCUUUUAUUGGUAGAAGAGAGGAUUAAAAAAUUGCUUGAGCAAAUAGAGUCUCUUGGUGAAGCUGGCAAGGUGGAUGAGGCUGAGGCGCUCAUGCGGAUGGUAGAUUCAUUGAAUGCCCAGAAGACAGGUCUAAUGGCACAAGCAUCAGAUAAAGGACUGGCGCAAACACAAGAGAAGAAGAUAGCUCUCUGUGAGAUAUGUGGCUCCUUUUUGGUAGCAAAUGAUGCUGCAGAGAGGACACAAUCUCAUGUUACUGGUAAACAGCAUGUUGGAUAUAAUAUGGUCCGGGAUUUUCUCAGUGAAUAUAAGGCUGCAAAGGAUAAAGCUAGAGAAGAAGAAAGACUAACAAAGGAGAAGGAAGCUGAGGAGAGAAGGAAACAAAGAGAAAGGAAAAAUGAGGAACGUGAUCGGGGACAUGAUCGUCAUCGAGAGCGAGAAUUUGAACGAGAAAGAUCACGUGAAUGGGGUGGAAGGUCAAGCAGGGAUGGAGGAAGAGGGUUUGAUGGGAGGCCCAACCAUAACCGUAAUGGAAGGGAUCGGGACAGGGACAGGUUCCGGGAUAGGAAUGGAGACAUGACACGGGAUAGGGCUAGAGGAAGGAGCAGAUCUCGAUCUCCUGCUAGGCAUGUUUACAGGAGGUCCUCAAGAAGCCCAGUUCGACCAUAUUAGGCUGUAGUCUUGUUGGUUAAUUUCUGGGACUGAAGAGCUCUGUCAAAAUCAUAGCAUCUUUUUAGAGGACGAGUUUUGAGGUAGGUACAUUUCAUCCAUAUAAUAUUUAAACUGUGCUGCUGAACAUCUUUCAGAUGAAUUUCAUCUUGUUCUCAGAGUCUACUUUGACAUUGUUCAUGUCUUAAUUAAGAGGACAUCCGCAACCUUUUCAUGAAUGGUGGCUAAUAAGGAUGCAGUUGCUGCUAUUAUCUUGUAGGAGGUAACACAUAAUCACCCGUCCCCUAGUGAUUACUUAUUGUGUCGGAUUAAAUCACAUGGCUUUCCUUUUCUACACUGGCGCACUUCAAACAACUAGAAUCUUUCAACUAAGAAACACUCUUCAGUCAUGAACUUUUACCUUAAGAUUUGUUUAUAGGCACAAAUUUUAAAGUUCUUCCUUGACUAAUGAUUUGAUUUGUCAAAUGAUCUUAUCAUCGACGGCCAUCACUCAGAUAUUUUUGAUUGUGCAUAUAUGAAUCUGACUACCUCAAGGUAUACUACCCAGUGCUUGUACUGGAGUUUUAGUUUGCCUUGUUCACAUUUGAGUUCACUAUUUCGCUUCUAUGGAAUAGUGCAGGGAACUGCUGCUUCCUGCAACUAAUUAGCAGGGGAUGCCUUUGCUUGUUGCUUGUUUCCCUCUUGCCUGUCAUCUUACUGAGUUGAUACACAGUAGUGUGUUUGAAACUGUGAAGACCAACACCAGGAAACUGCUCUAAAUUUUGGUAGGAAUUUUGGUAGGUUGCGUGUGUUACACUAGUGGUUCUGAUUGAUAUUGUUAUUUGGUUGAAUCUUGCAGUGGCUUUACUUUUUGAAAGAAACUACUGGUUAUCAAUUUUUUGUUUUCAAGAACGAUUGUUAGUAAAAAUAUUUAUUAAGGAUCCA